GACUUUGAGAUUCGGAGUUGUCGCACAAUGAGGAGCACGCUCUCCCACCGCUCCACCUGCCUGCUUUAAGGCGGCAGCACAAAGGGAGAGUAGAGAAGGAGCUUCGCAAUCCCCCUAUGCUUCUUUAGACCUAUUUUUUCUCCAAGUCUAAUGGAGGUAAAAUACGAAGAAGACGAAGCCCCACUUCGCCACCCCUCCAAUGCCGCUGCCCCAAAACCUAGGCGACCCACGCCUGAUCACCCUCCAUACGCCGAGAUGGUUCGGAUGGCGCUGCGAGAGCUGGCGGAGGAGGGUGGCUCCACCAAGGCCUCCAUCUCCGGCUACAUCCAAUCCAACCACACCCAACUCCCACCGGGCCACUCCAAACUCCUCUCUUACUACCUCGGCAAGUUCGUCGCCGCCGGCGAGGUCUCCAUGCUCUCUCCCGAUCGCUUUGCCCUCCCCCGCACUCCCCCUUCCCCUCCUCCUACCCCACCCUACCAUUCCCCAACCCCCGAUCCUACCCCUAACCCUAGCCCUCGUCGAUCGUCCUCUUGUCCUCACAUUCCGCGCCGCCGCGGGCGGCCGCCUAAAAGGAAACGUACCACCGCCCCGCCGCCGCCACGCCGUGGGAGGGGGAGGCCGCGUAAGAACCCGGAUAACGUCGUGCAUUCCGAGGUGAAAGCUCCACAAGCCACCGAGUCGGUGCCGAGGCCGCGGCUGAUCAUUCGGCUACAGAGCAAACCUUCCAACCCCAUACCUGAUGCUUUUGCUGGUGGUGAUGAUGUUUCUGGGAUGACAAUGGCGUCGGCGAUGGGAAAGUAUUGUUUGAGAGAUGGGAUAACUAGUGAGUGUGAUUCCAGAAAUGUGGAUGGCUUGAAGGCUGAUGAGAAGUCUUUUCCGGCCAAUGCUUAUAAAAGGGAAGAAUCGCCACCCCCGGCAUCAGCGCUGCUCAAGGAACUAUUGCUGCCUCCAGCAUUACCACCAGCCGCUUGGUGGCAGGCAGAGACCGAUGAAGAACCAAUGCUGCCUCCACGACUGCUGCCCGAAGCGGAUGAGACAUUGUUGCCUCUGGUUUCGCUGCAUUCAGAACCUGAAGUAGAGAUGUUGCUUUUGGAUCAAAUGCAGCCUGAGCCAGAGGGAGCUUUGUUGGUGCGACAGCCGGAGCCAGAGCUUUUGCCGCUAGCUCCGAAGCAGCCUAAGUCCAAUGGGGAGCAAUCACUGUUAACUCCAUUACUUCCAGAGACCAAAGGCAAACAAUAUCUGUCUCUACCGGCAACAAUGCGGGGCAAAUCGAAGGAGUCGUCAGUGCCACCAGCUGCUCGGCCUGAUGCAGAGUCAGUGGUGUUGCCGGCCAGUGCACAGUUGGAGCCUGAAAAGCUUACUGAGGAACAAUUUGCACCAGGACUACUGCAGCUCAAUGCGAAAGAACGGAAAGAAGAGUGCUUGUCAUCAUCCAGUAUUCCGCCUAAGUUUGAUGAAUCAUACUUUCCCCUGAUUUCAGUUCAUCCAGAACCUUGUAAGGAAUUGCUGCUUUUGGACACAAUGCAGCCCAAGUUGGAGGAAGAGUUCUUGGAGCUGCUACCACUGCCAUCCGAUACCGAAGUAGAGUUCUUGCUGCUGUCGGCCUCGAUGCAGUCUGAGCUCCAUGAAGAACCAAUAUUGUCAAUCUCAACACAGCCUGAGCUAGCGGAAGUCUCACCACACCUAGCACCAGAGCAACCUGAGCCUCUCGACCAGACAUCGGUGCAGCCAGAGCCAAAUGAAGGAUCUUUUCAAACUGCCCAGCUUCUGUCUGAGCCAAAAGAAGAGCCAUUGCUGCUGCCUGCCAUGCUGAUAGAGCCCAAAGAGGAGCUUUUGCCACUGGCCACCAUAGAGACUGAGGGCACUGAAGAGUCAUCACCACCUGCUCCUGUCCUUGCCGUGGAGAAGGGCGAGAAGAGUGGGCAUUCUAUCAACCAACCCAAUUUUGGAUAUGGAAUUCAUCUAUCAUGCCGUAAUCCAGUUGAUUUCAAUUUGGAAUUUGGCCUUGGAGGCUGAUGCAGUACAAUAGUUGAUGGCAAUUGGAUAGGAUAAGAGAAGCGCUUGGAGAGAUCAUACUGGCUUCACUUCCCUUUGGUGCAUGAAAUGUUGACUGAGAUGAUCAUUUAAUGUGCAACCUUGGCUUGGAGAGAGCAUUUUUUGCACCAUAGAUAGCUCUACAGCCUUGAUAGCUGCCACAAAAUUCGAAACAUGGCGUGUUGUUUUGACGGCUGUCCAUCUCCAUGAUUGGAUGAUUCGGUUGCCAAGAUUUUUCUUUUUGUUUUUCUGUUCUAGUAGUGCACUAAUCUUGUUAUGAGCCAAUUGACUCGGCCAGGAAAUGGAGGCAUGCAUAUCAUCUGAGACAAUUUUAUUUAAUUUCUUUUUGCUUUUAUGAAAGUAAUCUUAGAUUUACAUGAUUUGUUGAUGAGGAGACAUGAAC